AUGGAUAGGAGUAAUGACUCCGAUUAUAAGAUGCCCCCGCUCCAGGGCCCUCUGCCUCCCCCUGGGAGCCUGGGGCUUCACUUCCCUCCAGAUGUACAGGCUGAGACAACAGAAGAAGAUAGUGUCUUGCUGAUGCAUACCCUCUUAUCAUCAACCAAGGACCCCCUGGCUAUGGACCCACCAGUUGCCAACCAGCCUAAGAAAAGCAAGACCAAGAAGGCCCCUAUUAAGGCUAUCACUAAGACAGUACGCGCUGCCCCUCCAGUUCCACCUGCCAAUGUGAUUACCACCAACAAGCCUAAAAUAACUUUUCCGGCUUUAAACCUGCCAAUCAUCCCCCAGAUCAACCAGGCUUCAGCUACCACUGAGGUAGCCAAUACUCAGGCUUCUUCAUUCACCGCUCAGCCUAAGAAAGCCAACAAGACAAAGAGAGUUACUGCUAAGGCAGCCCGAGGCUCCCAAUUUCCAACUGGCAGUGAGAGUGUUACUACACAGAUCAAAUUACCCUUGCAGGCCCUAAACGUGCCAGUCAUCCCACAGACUAUCCAGGCUCCAAUUGCCACUGAGUCAGCCAAUUAUCAAGCCUUGUUAGCCUCCAUCAAGCCUAAGAAAGCUCUCAAGGCUAAGAAGGCUAACAAUAAGGCCAUAGCUAAUGCCACUGAGAUCUCACUGGCUCCAUCCACCAGCUACACAGCUACCACCCAAGGCCAAAUUACCUCCAUCCGAACUAAGAAAGCCUCCAAAGCCAAGAAAGCAACUGUAAAGGGCACAAAUACUGACACUGAACUCCUAGAGGCCCCAGAUGCCAUUGAGACAGCUACCAGGCAGAUUGAGGCCUCAGCAGCAGCUAUCUGGCCCAAAAAAUCCAAGGUCAAGAAGGCUUCCUAUAAGGGCCCAAAUUCUCCCUGUGAGAUCUCUGAGGCCCCACCUGCCAGUCAAAUGGUCACAAAACAAGCCCUAGCAGCCACCCUCCGGGUCAAGAGAGUGUACAGGGCUCGGAAGGUUGACACUAAAGCCCAGACAAGUGAAAACCAGACUCAAAUUGACAAAGGGGCCCAGGUCAAGAUGGCUACCCCUCAGAUCAACAUAAGUGCCCUUGAGACUCAGGUCGUUGCUGCUGUCCAGGCCCUGGCAGAUGACUACCUGGCUCAGUUGAGUCUGGAGCCCACAACCAGGACCCGGGGCAAGAGGAACUGAAAGUCCAAGCAUCUGAACGGGGAUGAGAGAGGUGGUGGUAGUUAUAGGUGGAUUCCAUGGGGCCAGAGGCCUCCGCUAUCCCAAGAUGUGGCCACUUUGCAAGAAAAGGCAAAUAAGUUGGUGAAAUACCUGUUGGUUAAGGACCAGACAAAGAUCCCCAUCAAGCGCUCAGUCAUGCUGAAGGAUGUCAUCCAAGAAUAUGAUGAAUAUUUCCCAGAGAUCAUUGAACGAGCAAGCUAUGCUCUGGAGAAGAUGUUUCGAGUCAAUAUGAAGGAAAUUGAUAAACAAAUUAGCUUGUAUAUUCUCAUCAGCAUUCAGGAAUCCUCUGCAGGCAUCCUGGGAACGAACAAGGACACACCCAAACUAGGUCUUCUUAUGGUGAUUCUGAGUGUCAUUUUUAUGAAUGGCAACAAGGCCAAUGAGGCUGUCAUCUGGGAGGUGCUGCGCAAGUUGGGGCUGCACCCUGGGGUAAGCCACUCGCUCUUUGGGGAAGUGAGGAAGCUCAUCACAGACGAGUUUGUGAAGCAGAAGUACCUGGAAUACAAGAGGGUCCCCAACAGCAGACCACCUGAAUAUGAGUUCUUCUGGGGCUUGUGCUCCUACCAUGAGACUAGCAAGAUGAAAGUUCUCAAGUUUGCAUGCAAGGUGCAGAAGAAAGACCCCAAGGACUGGGCCGUGCAGUGCCGGGAGGCAGUGGAGAUGGAAGUCCAAUCUGCAGCUGUGGCUGUAGCUGAGGCUGAGGCCAGGGCUGAGGCAAGAGCCCAAAUGGGUAUUGGAGAGGAAGCUGUGGCUGGGCCCUGGAAUUGGGAUGACAUGGAUAUUGACUGCCUAACAAGGGAAGAGUUAGGCGAUGAUGCUCAGGCCUGGGGCAGAUUUUCACUUGAAAUUGAGGCCAGAGCCCAAGAAAAUGCAAAUGCCAGCACCAACGUUGACUUCAGCAGAGGAGCUAGCACCAGGGCUAGCUAUAGUGAUGGUGCUAGUAUUAGCUUCAGUGGUGUACCCAACCCCAAUAAUGUCUUUGGUGGCAGAGCUGGCAUUAGCUUUGGUGGCACAUGCAGCACCAGUGCCAGCUUCAGCAGCGUAGCCAGCAUUUGCUUUGGUGGCACACCCAGCACUUGCUCCACUUUCAGUGGUGGAGUCAGCAUUAGCUUUGGUGGUGCAGCCAGCACCAGCUCUAGUUUCAGCAGUGAAACCAGCAUUAGCUUUGGUGGCACACCUUGCACCAGUACCAACUUCAGUGGUGGGGUCAGCUCUAGUUUCAGUGGCCCACUCAGCACCAGUACAAGUUUCAGUGGUGGAGCCAGCUCUGGCUUUGGAGGCAUACUCAGUACCCCUGCUGGCUUCAGUGAUGCACUCAGUAUGAGCACCAGCUUUGGCAGUACACUUGGCACCAGUGCAGUCUUUAGUGGUGUGCUUAGCACCAGCACUGGCUUUGGUGGCACACUCAGCACUAGUGUCUACUUUGGUGGCUCUCCCAGUUCCAGUGCCAGAUUUGGUGGCACACUCAGUACCAGUAUCUGCUUUGGUAGCUUUCCUAGCACCAGCUCUGGUUUUGAUGGUGUACUCAGUACCAGUGUCUCCUUUGGUAGCUCUUUCAGCAAUAGCACUGACUUUGGUGGUACACUAAGCACCAGCUUCUGCUUUGGUGAUUCUCCCAGCACUAGUGCCAGCUUUGGUGGUACACUCAGCACCAGUCUUGGCUUAGGUGGUGCACUCAACCCCAGUGCUGGUUUUAGCAGUGCUGUCAGCAUUAGCACUGGCUUCAGCAGUGCACCCAGCACCAACUCUGGCUUUGGCAGUGUGUUCAGCACCAGUACUGACUUCAGUGGGGCACCUAACACCACUACUGACUUUGGCAGCUCCAGCACCAGCAUUGGCUUUGGUGGAGCCCCCAGCACCAGCUUCUGCUUUGGCAGUGUGUCUAACACCAACCUAUGCUUUGGUGGCCCUCCUAGUACAAGCACCUGUUUUAGUGGUCCUAUCAGUGCCAGUUUUGGUGAUGGACUCAGCACCAGUGCUGGUUUCAGCUUUUGUGAUGGGUUAAGCACCAGCACUGGAUUUGAUGGUGGACUGAACACCAACUCUGGCAUUGGUAGUGGACUGAUCUCCAGUGAUAUCUUUGGUGGUGGGCUGGGCAGCAAUGCUGGUUUGGGCAGCACACUUGGCACCAGUGCUGACUUUAGUAGUGGCCUCAGCAUCAGUGACGGCAUUGGCGGUGGGCCUAAUACCAGCUUCGAUGGAAGACUGAGCACCAUCAUUGGCUUUGGCAGUGGUUCCAACACCAGCACUGGCUUUACUGGUGAACCCCACACCAGCACCGGCUUUAUUGGUGGACCCACUUCUACUGUUGGCUUUGGCAGUGGAUUGAGCACCAAUGCUGACUUCAAUGGUGGACCGAGCAAUGCUGUUGGCUUUGGUGGUGGAGCCACCAGCCUUGGUGCCUGUAGCUUCUCCUAUGGCUAG